GGCGGUGAGGCGCAGAGCGCUCGGCGCGGCGCAGGGAACGGAGCGGAGCGGGCUGAGGCGAGCGGGUCCGGGCCUCCUCCUACCUCCUUCUCCUCCUCGGUGCCGUGCCUCGCCCUCCCGGGGUGGCCCUGUCACUGUGAAGGUUCACAAUGUCUGACAGAAAGGCUGUGAUCAAGAAUGCGGACAUGUCCGAGGACAUGCAGCAGGAUGCCGUAGACUGUGCUACACAAGCAAUGGAGAAGUACAACAUAGAAAAGGACAUUGCAGCAUAUAUAAAGAAGGAAUUUGACAAGAAAUACAACCCAACUUGGCACUGCAUUGUUGGCAGAAACUUUGGCAGCUAUGUAACACAUGAGACAAAGCACUUCAUCUAUUUUUACUUGGGUCAGGUUGCAAUUCUUCUCUUCAAGUCUGGAUAGGAAGUAGGAGAAGUGAAAUUUGGACUGUAAUGCACUGAUGGCUGAAGCCACGACUCCCUUUAACAUGGCUAUGCCGCUGCAUGGACUGUAUACUAUAUUUAAUGUGUAUAUGUUGCAGUAAAAAUCUACUUCUGUUUAGUUGCCUGGGAAGAAGGCGGCAUUUUUUUUGUUACUGCUUUUUUUUGGUUGUAUUGCACUAGGAAACCUGUAAAUGCUUAAACAAUGGCCUUUACGUGGGAAGAAAUAAAACCAUUCCACAACAGCA